CGUUGACUUCUUCUGUGGUAUUACGUCAUUGUUGAGUAACUUGUCAUGGCGGAUGUAGAAGGCUGAAAUAAUUGUACUUAAAGUUAAAGAUGGCUGCUGUUUUGACCAACAGAGCAAUUGGAGCCAUUGUGGGAUCAGCAGUUGCAGAUGCAGCAGCGCAGCCCCUCCACUGGGUCUAUGACCUUCAGAAGCUGAAAGCCAUCCUGGCUGAGGAUCCAAAUCCGGAGUUUCGGUCCGUGUCUGCAAAUCCCUUCUACACGAGGCAGACGGGCCAACAGAGUUGCUAUGGAGACCAAGCAUACGUCCUGCUGGAGUCCUUGUCUGAAUGCGGAGGUUUAGACGUCCAUGACCUGACGCAGCGCACUUUAAAAUUCUUCGGCCCGGGCUCUGAGUAUGACACGCCCGUCAAUGACCCUUACAGACAGAAAGGCGGGCCAAGACCUCAGCUUCCCAUCGACGGGCCGUGGAGACACGGAAGUCUGAAAAGCUUCCUGAAGAACGUGGACUCUGGCAAAGAGGAGACGGGCUGCCAGACGGACUGUCAGAUUGACGGGAUCGCCAAGCUCGCCCCCGUGGUGGCCUUUUACGCAGGGAAGUCGGACAUGCUGGAGAAGGUUGAGCAGGCCACCCGAGUCACCCAGAACGAUGACAUGUGUGUGGCAGAGACUUUGGCAGCUGCCAGGUUCCUGGAGCAUUUCAUCCUGAAUGGUCCUGACCCCGGAGCCCUGGAGGCCGUUCUCCAUCAGCUCAACGACCCCAACAGAAAGCAGCCACAGGAUUUGGACAAAGCAGUCGUUGGGCACAUUACCCAGGUGAAGGAGAACUUAUCCAAGACUCCCCAGGAGCUCAUUCCAACCGUCUUCCCAAACACAUGAGGUUUGCCCGGUGCGUUCCAAGCAGCGCUGCACGGAGUCCUGACAGCCAAGCAGUACCAGCAGGCUAUCAGAGACACCAUGAGCUGCGGGGGAUGCACCUGUAGCAGAGGCUCCUUCAUCGGGGCGUGUCUCGGCGCCCAGGUGGGCUUCGAGGGAAUUCCUUCUUCCUGGGUCUCCAAAACCCGGCGCUAUGAAUCUGUGUUGGAGCACAGCAAGAAGAUAACAAAAGGGUAGUUAUUUUCCUCGCCGGCUAACAACAUCGUGGACGUCUGUUGAGCUUUUUACGGAGCAGUCGAUGAAGGUUCUUGUCUAAAGUGUCGACAGGAGGCGGAAGUUUUUGCUUCUAUGAAAGUUUGGCGGAUUGUUCCGAUGUUCGUGGCACGUAACUUUUCUCUUAUUGAUUAAACCAAAAAGUCUCUGUUCAA